AUGACUCGCUCGGAAGAAACAGAGUGGUGGAUCAACGCCGUCUACGAGGCCAUCCAGCAAAUACCCCCGGGUCGAGUCACCACAUACAAACACAUCGCAUCGCUUCUCGGAACACCGCAAAGAGCACGUCAAGUGGGCGUCUGCCUGUCAAAUCUCCACCGAGGGCCUACUACCGCUACUGCCACCACUACCAAGGACCACCUGGGGCACGAUGAUACCGGGACCGAUGAACGCCCUAUCGAGCACUACAACCUGGACAGUGUUCCGUGGCAACGGGUCAUUAACUCCAAAGGCAUGAUAUCGCACCGGGCACCAGGAUGGGCGAGUCUCCAGGCAGAACUUCUCAGGCGAGAGGGCGUGCAGGUCGACGAUGAUGGAAUGGGAGAAUACUAUAUCGACUUCGCCACCUUCGGAUGGGUUCCUGAUGGUUUGCCGGACGAGAACGAGGAAGAAGCUUGA